UAAAAAUGUUCUGUGGCCUGUGCUACCGUACCUAACAGGUAUCUACAUAAAUAAUAGGUGUAGAACUUAGAAGAGAAUUAAAGAUGGGCGUUUACUUCGUGAAUGAAUAAUAAUUAAUAUUAUAACAGUUAAUCAACACGAAAAUAGUACUGGGAAAUUUAUUACACCCAAAUUAUUGUGAAAUAAUAUAGUAAAAUUCCUCUAACAUGAGACAGCAGAUUAUUUACAAAUUUAGCCGCCCUGUUAUCAAGUGCUGGCAAUGGGAUAUAACGACCAUAUGUGAUAGUGAAAAAAGGUCUCGCUACAAGUUUGCUAUUGUAAUUUUGAACCGGCCAAUUUCGCAGAAGAAAGAUUUUGUGAAGAGCUUAUGGAAUGAUGCUUUGGUGAAGAUGACGGUGAACGGAGGAACAGGGCAUUUUGACAGGUUUCUAAAUAGUCUUCCAGCUGAAGAGAGGAACGACAUAAGUCCUCCGGACUUAAUAACAGGAGAUUUUGACUCCAUCGCUAAAGAAUUAUUGGACGAGUACAAAAAUAAAGGUUGCAAGGUAAUACACACACCUGACCAGGAUGACACAGACUUUACAAAAGCCAUGAUUGAAUUAGAUAAACACUGUCAAGAACACGAAAUAAAGUUGGAUUAUGUAGUCGCACUGUGCCAGAACUCGGGUAGAGUAGACCAGAUAUUAGGCAACAUUCAAACCCUGUUUCUAGUGCAGAAACGUAAAAUGUUAACCAACACAAACUUAUACUUGAUGUCCGAUAAUGCCAUCUCCUUCUUGCUGUCACCCGGGGAUCACGUCAUACAAAUCCCCGAAGAAACACGGGCUCAUCCGAAGGCCUGGUGCUGCUUGAUUCCUGUGGGAGAACCAUGCCACACUGUUUCUACUAGCGGACUGAAGUGGAAUUUGUCGCGCCGCCCUUUAAAAUUCGGCGAUUUGGUGAGCACUUCAAACAGCUUCGAUGGCUCUAAGAUUGUGAAAAUAAAAUGCAGUCACUCAUUGCUGUGGUCUAUGAUGAUUCCUAGCUUAACACAUUGAACAUUUGAGAUUGAGAUAUUUUCCUCAGUUGGAAGUGGACGAGUGUAUCUAAUCAAUGUCUUUUCAAUACAUUUGCCCGUAAUGUGGACCUUAUUGCAUCGCUUUCACCACAAUACAGUAAUAGAACAGUACCUUAACUUCAUAUCAGAGCGCCCGAUCGACGCACGCACACAUAAACACGAUUUACACAGACGCUAAGCAAUCUUGGGAAGAAAAAACUAUUGAGUGACACGCCGUUCGUCGCUAAGAAUGGUCGCUGUCCGAGUUAAAUUAGCUGCGAUGCGCCGUCCGCGUCAUCAAUCUUUUUGUAGUGUGACGUAGUUCCUGAACGUUCCAAGCCACAAAAAUCACAUUUUAAGGAACUCGUGUUUAAAGUUUAAUAAAUGUUAGUGUAAUCCCAUCAUCUGGAUGUGUGGCGGUCCUCCACAGUGCGGUUUUCAAGGAGCUUUCUUCUUCGUACUAUGAUGCUGUGGAAUGAGCUUCCUUGUGCGGUGUUUCCGGGACGAUACGACAUGGGUACCUUCAAGAAAAGCGCGUACACCUUCCUUAAAGGCCGGCAACGCUCUUGUGAUUCCUCUGGUGUUGCAAGAGAGUGUGGGCGGCGGUGAUCACUUAACACCAGGUGACCCGUACGCUCGUUUGUCCUCCUAUUCCAUAAAAAAAAAAUCCGUAGAUGUGGGUUGGGCUACUAAGUCAUGAUGUCAUUUAAAGAAAAAGAAAGGCUGCCAUUUUCUGUCAGUUAAUAUGAAUCACGUGGCCAGUUUUGUGUUCUUAACUCAAUUUCGAUAUGAUUGUGGCUUGGAACGUGUUUCUGGAAUUACGUCCAAUUCAAGAUAUUAUGAUGUGUGUGCCCCAUUAUCACACAUGAAAUCGUAAAAUAAAAUAAUUCUUUAUUCUAUAUAUUUUAUUCAAUUAUAAAUUGUGUAUCGCUUAUAAUAAAUAUUAAUUUAUUAUAUUUAAUUUUAUACCGAAGGCCGAAAGUUCUCGUUUCAUUUCAAGAUCUGCCUUUUAAAGUCCUCGAAGUUUUUUAAAUUAAAUUAUGUUCUACCAGUCCGGCCAAGUGUGUAAUAACCACUCUAGGGCAGUAGUAAGUGUUUUAUAAUUAUCCCAGUUGAGUUUUUGUUUUACUGCAAGUUAUAUUAUUCUUAAUUUUAAAAUUGACAAUUAUUAUAAAGUCUUAUUCUCCAAAAUGUGUUAGUUAUAAGUAUAUUUAUGUCUUCAGAUACUUUUAAUUUAUUAGACAAACCUUAAUUUUGUCAAGUAUAACCUAAAUAUUUGAUAUUUACAGUUUUUUGCUGACAAAUUAUUUUUUAUGAAUUAAUUAAAUUUCAUAAGAAAUGUUUGUGGCUAGCGUGCGUAAUAACUUCUCGUGCGUUAUGACUUAAUACAUUAUAGUGCGCGCAUUAUUAACUGAGUCGUCUCAGGACCAUAAAUCAUUUUAAUCAGUCUAUCCCGCUCGCACACGUGAUCUGAUCUCGCCUAUGGAGCAUCAUAGUGUUGUGCGUAACAGCAGGUAGUCGAUAGAAAAUAUUUUAUAAAUGGAUUAAGGUUUUGUAAUGAAAAAAGUCUGUUCAACAUCAACGUGACACACAGUCCAUUGUGCAGGGGCCAUCUGAACGCGGGAAAAAUGCAGCUCUCAUAGUCCUAGAAUGUGAGAGUAGCUAAUGACCAAUGCGCAAAAAUCGUCGGUAGGCCAAAGUUGCUCCUGGAAGUUGCUGGGAUGGCUGGUCUAGCCAACGACCCACCUCAUGUAUUAACAAGUCGCUUAUAAGUUGCAGAAAAGGCAGCCCGCUGCCAGUUUUCGAUAAGAUUUGAUAUAAUGAAAUUGUAAAAUAACGUAAUAAAAUAAAUUAAUUUAAAUUUUUAUAAUAUUUAAUUAUAUUACAAAUUUUUUAUUCAUCUGAAUCAUCUGUAUCUUCUUUCUGUAAUCGGCCGCCUCGAUAACGCGGGCUUAGAUAGCGAGUGGUAAUUAUCGAUAAAAUGAAAACCGUUGCACAUACCUAUUGUUAUUGACAUUUUAUGGCUCGAAGACUCGGUUGAUAGCGCGGGCACUAUAUUUUCAUAAUGUACUAUUAUAUGUACUUAGAAAAGAUAGUAUUUGUAAACAUAAUACUUAUCAAUUAGUAGAUGUAAUGUUUAAGAUUUAUUCAUAAUAAGUACUUACCUACUUAAUGUCUAUACUAUAAAUGACUCUUAAUCCACCAUUGACUUACUAUAAACAACUUGUCUCACAAUAGCUUAAUGUGUCCGAGUACGUAUUAACUUAUAACAUUAUCAGAUAUACCUACAGAGAACAUUAAAACAUUCAUUUAAAUUAACACCUUAUAACGUGGGAGUAAUGUUGAAAGUCCAUUGUAUACGCCCAUAAGAAGUUCAUUGCUGGUGGAAAGAGAUGGACGUCUAUUUCGCACUUCUCGCAAAAACGCAAGCUAGUUUGAUUUUUGUUAAUUUAAAUGGACACCUAACUGAAAUAUGACACUCCAUAAUUUUUAAUUUUCGAAAGGCUGUUAUUUGGACGGUUUUUUACUGCAUUGAAACACGUUAGCAUUGCGUGGCGUUGUAUUCAAAGCGCGGUCACAACUACUCUGCCUAAUAGAUGCGCAGGCCGAGUUUUGCUGCAGACAAUUUGAGUAUGAUUGUGAGUGUAGUUCUUUAUUGUACGUCUAUGUAAUCUACAUAGUAUAUGUACAUUCGGUACUUAAUGACAUAAUAUACUAUUUAUUUCUUGUACGUAGUUAUUAUCUUUCUAUUAAUUGCUACAAAAGGUCUGAAAAAUGACAGUAAAAUUAAACUAAGUAAUUAAAACCAAUGUAUACCUUUAACAGUAAUGUAACUAUUAUGGUACCCAUUAGAUUUAUUAUUGUUUAAUUAUUAUCUGUAUGGGAUCAUCGGCUACUUCUCCACCAAGUCAACUAGGUACUCGGGUGGAAAUCAGCUUCCCGCCUGCACCUCGCUUCAGGUACCGCGUCCGUUCUUCGUAAUUUCUAUCAGCCUAGCGAAACUCAAAUAAAAAAGCGAUCUUGUAAAAAACGGAGAUAGCCAAAAUCCACUACGUUUUAAGCAACUGUUCGCUUUCAAACGUAGCCGGAUACACUUAGCCUAACAAUUUUUAGUACUAACGAACGUUGAUAAUACUUAAUUUUUUUUUUGUUAUUCGUACCGGAAGCGUGCGUGAAUCUACUCAUUUGACAGGUGCGUUGGUGGCUUGGUGGAUUAGUAGUACAUUCAUCGAAAUGGUGGCCUGAUGGCAACAUAACAUUAAAAACGAUAUUUAUUCAUUAUAAUAAUAAUAAUAUGUCCUUGUCCCUGUGAUACUAAUGCCACAGUUACACAACUUUAUCCGUCUACCGUCCUGUUACCGCAACCAUUGUGGCAUCCCUUUAAAUGUCCUCUGGAUGUGAUGUGGUUACAUUAAGGGUUCUUUGAUACCCGCUGUCGGAGCUAUUACUCGCCGCAACAUGCCAUGGUGAUUGGCUUUGCUAAAUGACUGCUACGGUACGUGGCUACUUCCUAAUGAGUAAUUAGGUAGAGAGAAUAAGCGUCUUAAGAGCGGGCAAAAAUUGUUACCUAUUUUCUUAGAGUUGUCACAAAAGUUGAGAUAAAUAAAACAAAACAUUUUUAUCGGGUUUGAGAGAAGUUUAAAUAAUUUAAAUAAUCUUCCCAUUAACAAAAGUAUAAUAUAAAUAUAUAAUUAUCAAUUUUUUGCUUACCUAAUGUCAUAUUUUAACUGUCCUUCGGACAGUUAAACUAAAAUAUACAUUUUUAUUUUUUCCCAUUUUAUUGAUAUAUAUAGUACAGUAAAGAACUAUAUUAAUAAUAAAACAUCACUUGGUAUGUAAAAAUAUUCAAGCUUGUAAUUAAUAAAACAAUUCGUCUUUCCCGCUAACCUUGCUAUUGUCAACUGGCUGUGCGAUCGUCAAUCUGUUAUUUCCGGUUGACGCCGCGUACGCGACAAGCGGCCAGUGGACACUCACACAUGCCCCGGAUCAUUGCAGUAGUACAACCAUUUCGCGUGGCUGUAUGAAGCUUACUCUCUGUAAUUUACUCAUGUGCCCUUAUGUAAGCAGAACUCCCAACUCAUGUCGACGAACAAAUCUUCAAUUGAUCUUUUUUGUUCACUUUUCACUUACAUCACUAGGUUCGUAAACUUCUGUGAUUUUCUUAUACUUUUCUAUUAUAAAGUCCAACUUAUCUGUAUAAGGGAAAAUAAUAAACAACUACUCUAGUUUAUUAGUUCGAUGGGCGUGCGCUUAUCUUUAUAAUAAGUUUUUUAUAAAUGUAAUAGAUGUUUUCAUCAUCAUAAUAUAAUAUAUCUAAUAUGAUCUUGAUGUGUAGUAAAACUCAAUUAGUGUGAGUUAUUUAUGUAUGUAUAACGUGCCAAUUAUAUACCUAUUAACCUAGUCUGUACUGUGAUGUUUCAUAUAGUGCACAUAAUUUAUAAAAAAUAAUAAAAAUUGUGGAUUUAUACACAUAUUUUUUUUUUGUUACUAACAGUGGACUUUUUGUGAAUUUUUCCAGAUGGUGGGAUAUCAUUUCGAAACAAGGCCAUAAACGAUUAAAUGACUAAUUAAUGAAGAUUGAAUUUACGCACAAAUAAAUAUCAGUGAAUAAUAAAUAAAGUAGGAUACAGCUUUUUGUGCCAUGUUUUAUUCUCAGAAUUAUAAAAAAAACUAUCAAAUGAUGCCUGUUUUUCACUGAAAUUGAUGUGUGUACUUUAUGAAAAAUCACACUGAUUAUUCAAUACUUUAUGUCUAUAAGUGGGUUCACACUCCAAACCAGUAUGUAAUAAUUAUAAAAAUAAAAAAUAAAAUAAUCCAAUCAUGUC